AUGACGGUAAGAUUCGUGCACGGUUCAUUCUACGAGAAUUAUGAUCCAACUAUCGAGGACAGUUUCACCAAGAUAGCCCAGGUGGAGCAAGGGAAGCCGUGCAGAAUGCAGAUAACGGAUACAGCGGGUGUUGAGCAGAUGGUCUCUUUACGUGAAUCGGUUAUACGCGAGAGCAGUGCGUUCUUGCUGGUAUUCGCGCUAAACAAUCCUUCAACUUAUCACGACUUGAUGCCAAUUAUGGAGGAUAUCAAGCGAAUAAAGGAUACAAAUGACGUUAAGCGCAUUCCAAUAUUACUUUGUGGUAAUAAAGUGGAUUUAGGAUUUGAAAGGAUGUUUCCAGCUGAUUUCAAGCCUACGGGGGCAUUGCAAGGUCUAAGCUACCUAGAAACAUCAGCUAAGCUUGAAAUUGGCGUUGAAAAGGCGUUUAUGGAUCUGGCCAAAAUUACAACGUUCUUCGUUCGCGCUGCUUACAAUUACCAAUCGCACGAUUCCUCUUCUCUCCCCUUUGUAAUCGGGGACGUAAUCGAAGUAUUAACGACGCUCGACUCGGGCUGGUGGGAUGGUCUGCUGGGAAACGACAGAGGAUGGUUCCCCUCAAAUCACGUCAUAAAGAUAUCCGAUGACGAAGCUGCCGCUCUCCUUGAACAGGAUAUUCUCAGUCCUCUCCCUGAAUCUCAGAAUAUGACCCCGGACGAGUACUGGAUACCGCAAGCAAGCUUGGAUGGAAAUAUCUACUACUUCAACACUCAAACUGGCCAGCAAUCACUAGAAAUGCCCAAUUCUGCUUAUUUACCCACUUUCAAUGGCUCCCCUUCUGUCGAUCACCAGCAAAGCCCUUCAAUCACUCCAACUAACCCUAUUUACUCGCAAAUGUCCACGGCCAAUCCCACGUCGACCAACGUCACCAGAGAGUUUAGCUCCGAUCUCAAUAGCAACAGCUUCGAUAACUUCGACUUACUCACUUUGAAAGAUGACGACUUGCAAGUCGCUAUUGCUCUUAGACCUGCCAUUCAACCUUCUUUAGAAGACCUCUCAGCUCAGGCUAUUGUCGCACUUGAGGCUCUCAUCAACGCCUCUUCGCUCAAUUGGACAGCUGAGGCAUCUGCAAUUGGUAGAAGAGACUCUGACAUCGAAGGUCCAAUCGACGAGCCUAACCCGUCAAAUCUCAAUGAUUCAAAUAACUCAAACGAAGAUCAGCUUUCACAGCAUAGACAGAAUGUUCAUUUCAAACAGUCAAAUGAGAUUGAAAUAGCUAUUGAAACUGCCACAGAUAGUAUCAGAUCUGUUCUAUUCAGCACUGGCAUACUAAACUCGUCAGUUUCAAUCAAAUCACUCCCAUCUUCGAUUAUAUCACUUAAAGCAACGCAAAGACGACUAACCGCGGCUCUUUCGAAAUGCACACUCACCUCUGAAGCAACUAAAAGCAUUCUUUGCUUCUUACCUACUGAUGAGUCAGGCCGCAUUGUUAAAAAAGCUCUUGAGCAAAUGAACGAGGACGUCGCGGAUCUACAAAACAUUCUGCAGGAUUUCAUCGAGAGUGCUUUGGAUGUUAGAGAUGGUUUGCCAUCCAGACAGACACUCGCUGUGUUAGGACCACGUUCCGAAUCGUUAGAGAUCAUGCACGUAACUACCGUAAGGAGAAGGAGAGAUAUGGGAAAACCAACUCUACUUCAGCUAGAGCAGUUGGGUGGCGAUGCUAGAGAGGCUCUUCGGUCGUUAAAUCAGUUCCUUGCGCAAAUCAAGCAGGAUGAAGAGGUUAUAUCGACAACAGAAAUCAAAGAGGAUGAAGAAGCACAGCCAGAUUCAGACUUGGAAGUAGAUCCGGAAAUGAAUGAACAAAGUAGAUCUCAAUCAACAAAGAGCAAGGAGAAGAAGGUAGAAACCAGAACAGUCAAUAAACUUCCAGCUGAGCUUCUCCCAUCCAUACAAUCUUGUUUAGUUACACUCACAAGAUUUUGCAAUUCGACUGAAGAGGUUGACGUUCUCCCUAUGCUGGAUUUCGACGGGCUACCGCCACCCACUCAUCCGCCCGAUUCACCUAUCUUGGGACAAGAUGUCACGACGAAACUGAGUGCCAACGACUCUCAAUACAUGAACUUAGUCACUAAAGCUCACUCUUUCUUGCACGAGUUCGAGAAAGCUAAGCUGAGCUUGUCGAUUUCUUCAGGCAAUGCCUUGGUGCAACUCCAGGAUCUUAUCAGUAUGAAUCUUGCUGAAAUUGAAGUAUGCGAGGCUCUGAUAGGAUGUAUAUCUAAAGACAUAUCCAAGAUAGAGUCAUCCUCAUCUGAUGUACUUGAAAGUCUGUUGUCUCUGGUUGAGAUUGCGGAUAUACAAUACCAACUAACGUCAAAUGAGCAACUGUCAGGCCCUACGCAAAUUGGAGAAAGAUCAUUACAGCUCUCCAAGUUGGAGGGAGGGCAAUCGAUCAGAUCGAGCAAGAGUGCAGCUGGUGCGCCGAUGGAGUCAGUCGCUGAUGACGAUAGUGAUAUCGGUGGAAUGGAGCCAAGUAACAGUGGUGAUCACACGAAUCGACAUGAAUCAGAUUCAGCUUCUAGUCCUCAAAGUCGCACUCAUUCUCAUUCUCAGACGACAAGUUCGCAGUAUACAACACAGGUUGUGUCUGUGGAGGAGCUGCAAGAGCAGCACAAAUUCGCGCAAAGGCAGAAGUUGCAGAAGCUGUUGGGAGAAAGCGGUCGUGAAAGUCUGCCAAGUAAUACCGAAAAUAACACCAACUCUAACUCAGCGUCACUCGGUAGAGUGCAACGCCCUUCACAGAGCUCGACAAAUACGCAUCAAACACACUUCUUGGAUAGUGACUACGGUACCUCUCUCAUACUCCAACCAAAUGGAAGCGUAAAGGGCGGUACUGUGCCAGCUCUGGUGGAGCGUUUAACGACACAUGAACAUUCAGAUCUCAAAUUCAGCAAAACAUUUUUGAUGACAUACACUUCUUUCUCAACGUCUGAAGAGGUUUUUGAUUUACUGAUUAGACGAUUCCACCUAUGUCCGCCAGACUGGUUGGUUGAGAAUGAAAUCACAAUGUGGCGGGAGAAAAAGCAGAUGGUGGUCCAGCUGCGUGUUAUCAACGUAAUGAAGUCAUGGCUCGAGCACCACUUUGACGAGAAUAGAGAUAACUACAUACUCGAACGUGUUAGGCACUUUGCUGAUUCUGAUAUACCAAUGACCAUAGUAGGACCGGUGCGCUACUUGAAAAAAAUUGUAGAGAGGCGAGAAUCAAGAGGCGGGCUGGAACCGAAGAAGAUCAUAACGGCUCAAAAUUUCCCUCCACAACCUAUUCUCCCUAAAAACUCUAAGAAACUCAAGUUGAUGGAUAUAGAUCCUUUGGAGAUGGCUCGACAGCUUACAAUUAUUGAGUCACACAACUUCAACAGAAUUAAACCUGAUGAAUGCCUCAAUAAGAAUUGGAGUGGUCCUGAGCAUCUUAAAAAGCACAAAGCUAGAAAUAUUAGAACUAUGAUCCAACUUUCCAACAGACUGGCUGCGUGGGUUACCCACUCUGUUCUUGGAAUGGGCGAUGAUUCUAAAAAGAGAGCUGCGAUGGUGAAAUGGUUCAUCUAUGUGGCUGAGAGGUGUAGAGCGCUGAACAACUUUUCGACCAUGGCGGGUAUCAUUGCUGGUAUCAACAGCCCUCCUAUUAGAAGACUGAAGCGAACAUGGGAUCAGAUGUCUCAAAAGGCGCUUAAUAUCCAACAGUCUCUCGAUACUACAAUCGACAGCACGAAGAACUUUGCUAAUUACAAGCAACUUUUGCGCAAUAUCAAUCCGCCCUGUGUACCAUUUUUAGGUGUCUACCUAACUUAUCUGACAUUCAUAACGGACGGGAAUCCAGAUUUCUUGAAGGAUGCAGAAAGAGGAGGGCAGCAGCUAACCUCGCCACCAGGUGGUGGACCAGAUUCUUUCCCUCUUGUCAACUUUGCUAAGCGUCAGAUGGCAGCUGAUUUGAUUUCAGAGAUACAGCAAUAUCAAGCAACGCCAUACAAUUUCACACCUAUACCACAAAUAUCAAAAAUAGUUUUACAGCAGCUGGAAGAGUCUGACAGCGCACCUGACGCGUUCCCAAUCAGUUUGAAACUCGAACCUAGGGAGAGAGACGAUGAGAAAAUGGCUAGAAUGCUGUCAGAGUCUGGCUUCUUCUAA